GGCCGCUGCCCUCCGUCCCCUGAGGGCGAACCUGGGCUGAGGUCCGGCCCGGAGCAGGCCGGUGGGUUGGACACGCUGCUGGGCGAACCCACGAGCGAGCUGCUUGAGAAGUUUGCGAGGGAGCUGAAGGGCGCGUGGGGCCUGGGAAGUAAUGGCGAUGCGAGCGCUGGGGAGCUCUCGCUGGGGCCUGUGCUGGAGAAGAGAAGGCGAGCUGAUUUACACAGUGCCGUUAGGCAGAAAUUCCCCUUUCUAGUCACUGUUACAAAAGGCAACGAAAUGAUUGUAAGAGGAAACGCCGAUUACAGAGAACUUUGUCAGUUAGUGACUGAAAAGGAAACAAGUGAUUUCUUUAAGUUUUUAGAUGCAAAGCUAGAAAAUUCUACAUUUUCUUUUGAGCCUGAUGCAAACAAAGAGCACAGAAAAGUAGUUCACCACUUUAUCAAUAGAAAAUUUGGAAAACUUUUAGAAACAAAAUCUUUUACUGGGACAGAUGUCAAUGAUCAGCCAAAUAUGUCAAUAAUGGUACGAUUUCGAGAAAAACGUUGGUCCAGAAAAAGGUCUGCUGGUGGUUUCCAGGAAAAACAAGAUCUUUAUACAGCUUUCACCCUUCAGAAGGAAAAUCUAGAGACAUUAGAGGCAAUUGGCUUCUUGGCUGCUGAACUUGGUGUUCUUCCUUCGGACUUCAGUUACACUGGCAUCAAAGACAAGAAGGCUAUUACUUACCAACCCAUGGUUGUGAAGAAGGUGACUCCUGAGAGGUUGAAAGAAAUUGGAAGCAAAAUGGAAAAAAAGGGCAUGAGAAUACACAACAUACGUUCAGCAUGCCAGCACCUUAGACUUGGUCAGCUGAAGGGCAAUCACUUUAAUAUAGUUGUGAGAGAUCUCAAACGCCACAGUCAUGACUCUUCGGCAGAUUUGAAAGAGAGAAUAUCUGAAGCAAUGGAAAAUGUUGAGACAAAAGGCUUUGUAAAUUACUACGGACCUCAGCGAUUUGGACAAGGACAAAAUGUUCAGACAGAUCAAAUAGGAUUGGCUUUACUGAAUGAAGAAAUGGUGAAAGCUGUGAAGUUAUUCUUCACACCCGAAGAUACUGAUGACCCUGUAAACAACGCAAAAAGAUACUUUCUUCGAACUGAAGAUGCAAAGGGUGCACUCAUGAUGCUGCCGGAAUUUAAAGUGAGAGAGAAGAUGUUGCUGCGAGCUUUACAUCGCUAUGGUGUAAAUCAUGAGGGUUGUACCAAAGGAUGGCUCAAUAUUCCUCAUUCCAUGCGCAUAUUCUAUGUCCAUGCUUAUUGCAGUAAAAUUUGGAAUGAAGCAGCAUCAUAUAGGCUGAAGAUUUAUGGUUCAAAAGUUGUUGAGGGCGAUCUUGUCUUCUCAGAAGAAAAUGGUGAAAGCGUUUCCCUGAAUGACAAGGUUCAUGUAGUCACUGCUCCAGAAGAGUCAGCUAACAAAUACUCUAUAAACCAAGUGGUUCUUCCAAUGGUGGGACAUAGUAUCAAGUAUCCCAGUAAUGACGUUGGGCGAUGGUACCGUGAAAGGCUUUCUAAGGAUGAGCUGCAGACGUGCAAAUUCAGAGUGCCUCCAUUGCAGCUGAACAUACCUGGAUGCUACAGACCCAUUUUAAAAAAUGUUCAGAAUCUGUCAUAUUUUUUGGAAGGUAGUGAAAAAGCAAUUGGAAUUGAAGACAACCAUCUGGAUGAAUCAAAAGUCUCUCUUCAUGUAUCAUUUGACCUUGAUCCUUCAUGUUAUGCAACUGUCUGUCUGAGAGAAAUAAUGAAAUGUGACUUUUAAGAUUGCAGUUAAUGAAAGAUUGCAGGAAUAUUAUACAAUGGUGAUAUUUUAUGUAUAAUGCCAAGA